AUGGCGAGAAUAAUAAAUGCUUUAACAUACUUUUUUUUUUUAUCAACAUUCAUUUUAUUAUCUUACACAGCCCCUAUAGAACCAUCCAGAGUUUUAUCUUCUCCAUCUGAUUCAGCAUACUUAAAAUUUAAAAAUGGUGAAAUACCCACUUAUGUAACCGAUUAUGCACCGGUUGUUCAUUUAUAUGCAGAAGAAAAGUAUUUACCUUAUUCAAUAGAGGAAUUUGUAAAGCACUUCUAUGUUUCUACGGCAAAUGGCAACAAUAUUACUCAAAAGUUACCUUUAACUUUAGCAGAUCUUAACAUUAUACAAAAAAAUACCAACACAGCUCCUGAAGAUAUCUAUUUAACUGCCUUGUCUAACUUUGAUAGUGACCCUAAUUGGAUCACAGGAGUUAAAAAUAUUCCAGAUAUUGAAACCGGGUUACUAAAGAAUGCACCCGCCACAUUAAUUGUUGUGGAUAAAGGUGAAGGCUGGGUGGACGCCUUUUGGUUUUACUUUUAUUCAUUCAAUUUAGGACCGUUUGUUAUGGGCGGAGGUCCUUAUGGUAAUCACGUUGGAGACUGGGAACAUUCUCUUGUGAGAUUUUAUCGAGGUGAACCGCAAUUAGUUUGGAUGUCUGCGCAUGGAGGCGGAACUGCAUUUAAAUUCCCUGCUAUGGAAAAGGUAUCUAUGAAGUCAGUAACCAACAGCAGCAAAAUAACCAAAAGACCUGUAAUUUUUUCAGGCCGUGGAACCCAUGCAAACUAUGCUACAGUUGGGCAGCAUUCUCAUGACCUUCCAUACUAUAUACUUUCAGAUUUUACGGAUCGAGGACCAUUAUGGGAUCCAGCGAAAAAUUUUGUGGCAUACACAUAUGAUGGCUUAAAAAUUUCAUAUGCAAAUGGAUCAGAACCAGGGCGAGAAGAGCGAUACGGCGAUUGGUUAUAUUUCUUAGGACAUUGGGGUGAUAAAAAGUUAGCACCAACUGAUCCUCGACAGAAAUAUUCACCAUUUGAGUGGCGAUAUAUUGAUGGUCCAAUUGGCCCUUUAGAUAAAAAUCUCAUGAGAACAGGACCAUGUCAACGAUACAAAUGGUACAAUAUAUUUCAAACUUGUGAUAUUCGCUCGACUCUUAAAAUGGGUGAAGGAAUAGAGGCAGAAGGUGGAGGUUGUGCACUUGCAUUUGACAAUGUCAAGCCGUAUGUGCUACAGAUGUUACUACGAUUAGUAACCUGGAGGGGAUGGGGUUGUAAUUUUAUUGAUAGCAUUUUUGGUUGA